AAUCUGUCCGACGUCUAAAUCGUUUUUAGAGGAAAAACCGUCAAAUUGGAAAAAUCGUUUCGGGCAAAGGACUGAAACGGAGGAAAAGCAUAUGCUACGCUGUAGAAUUGCAAUCCCCCAGCCAUUACAAAAUGACUAGUGCCAUUAAAAUGGGGGAAGCUUGUAACCUGAAAGAGCGGGAUCGUCGGGAUUACAAGAUUGGAUGGAUCCUAUCGAACCUCACCAAAUUCGCUGUCGAUUCCAACGUCAACAAAGCUCUCAAAGGCGUCACUUGUCAUCAGAAACUUCAUAGGUUUGUGCAAGAGAGUUUGCAGAAUCCACCAACUUCACUUCUCUUGAAUAACUGUAAGAAACCUGAAGUUGAGAAAUUAGCAGAGGAGAUGCAAAUGAAAGUAGAAGACAUGCUGGAAGAUAUGGUAAAGUUAAGGCAGCAAAAUGAGACAUCAGCCAAAUAUAUGGAGGUAACGGAACCUCUGAAGAAGGGACCAAAUGAAGACAGCAGAAAGUUUAGUGUUCUGAAACCUGAGAAGAAGAGAAUUUUCAUUCGUUCUAGGCUUUAAAGUAGAUUGAAUGAUAUCAAGGCCUGAAUCUUAAAAUGGCCAAACCCUGAGCAGACUGCUGGUGAUAAGCCGGAGGAAAGUGAGGAUGACGUCAAGUCAUCAAUAGCUGCAUUGCACCUUUGCAUGUUGUUCUUAGUAGUGCUAUGGAUGAACAAUGCAUAGCUGUACCAUCAUUGGAGUUUGUAUCUUUUCCUGUAUAAAGGGUUUGUCUUUUACAUUGA